GCUUAAAGUCGGUAGAUACAACCACCUUCCAAAUGUAUCACCGCUUGCGGGAAUUUACGGUUAGUUCUCCUCUCUCAAUUGGAGGUCGCUAAAAUUCCCAUCCCCAUCAGUUUUGCAUUAGUCUUGCGUUUGGCCUUCGCUCUCGAGGGUAUGGGUACCUGCAAUGAGCAAUCAACGGACUAUAACCGAUUUACCACUCGAAGUGCUCGAUAUCAUAUUUAGUAACUUACGAAACCUAAGGGACAAACUUCGACUGGCGCAGGUUGAUGAUUAUCUAGGAAAAGCGUUUUCGUACCACAGCCGCAAUGAUUUCAAAAAGUUCUCACCAAAAAUACAUUUUCCCGUUCGACUUUAUCGAGUUCUGCUGGCGAACUGUGGCCCUUCUAUUGUGGAAUUUACCUGUGGAUCGGACACCUGGAGCGAUGUGUUGGCCAAAUCGAUUGCGAAGUACUGUCCCAACCUGGAGACGGUGAACAUCUGUGCUUCAUUAAGAAAUAGUCACAGUCUUCAAUUUUUUCUGUUGAACUUGGCGAAUUCUUUAAUAUCGGUCGAACUGAAGCUCAACGAUAGUUGCCAAUCGCCGAGGAUACUUAAUGCCGUGGCCGAGCUGAAGCACUUGAAAAAAUUCUUGUAUGAAGGAUACAUUGAUCGGGGAGUUAAUCAGCUGUGCAAACUGGUUGAUCUGGAGGAGCUGCAACUCAUCUAUCAAGGUAGAGGAUACAGAUGCAGAGCAGUUAAUCUUCUUCAAAUUUGCGGAAAUAUGACAAAUCUCCGGCGUUUGACUGUGAGCAAUAUAUCUAUAUCUCAACCAGAAAGCUUCCAUCCCAUGAUAUGGCCAAACUUAAAGGAUUUGAAAAUGCAAAAUUGCGAAAUCUCCACAGUGAUACCCGAUUGUCCCAAGCUGAAAAGCUUAUAUAUCAAAUUCUGCAAAUGUAGAAUCAAAGGAUACGUAUGCAGUUUUAUUUUGAAAAACGGCAAUAAUAUCGAGGAAAUCGAUGAGAGCUGUGAACCGGCACCAUUUGAUGGGCAGAGUUUCCUUCAAGUUAUUCGCAGCUGUCCAAAAUUGCGAGUGUUGUCCACUCAAAUGGGUGGUAUCAAGAUCUACCAAGCUUUUGUUACAUCCGUAGUGGAUAUUCUCAAGGAGACCGCAUCAACGCGGAAAGAACCAUUCGAACUGAUAUUGUACUGCCGGGACAAGCUCAGAUGGUUUCGACGAUUUGUGAGUGGAAUCUACCAUAUGUUUAUUUUACGUACACUUUUCGUUGUUAACUUUCGUCUUUCAGUUACAACGGACUUCUAAUCCUGAAGUGAUUCAUACGCUUUACCUGUACAAGUUUUAAGGACUGGCCAAUUGUAUAUCAGAAAACUCAAAACAAUUAAUUAUAAAUCUAUUUUAAUUAUUAUUUAACCUGUAUAGAACGAUUGUACAAUUUGUAAAACUUAGAAAAUAGUUGCUUUUUAUUUUUUAAUUUGUAACGAAUUAGAACUGAAUAAUAACAAUUGCAAAUAUCUAA